CCUGCCCAGGGAGAUGAUGUAUACACUGGGAUGCCUCUGCUCUUUAUGCCUGGCUUCCCACCAYUUCUCCUUGGAAGAGAGUGUUACAGCUGUUUGCUGCUCUGAUUUGCAACCCAGCUGGCACUGAUAUUCCUUGCGCAUUCCCUAAGACACUUGCUGAGCCUAGAGAAUCCGCAGAGAAAAUCAAGUGAGAAGGAAUAGGAUGGUGGUGUAAYUUUACAACAGAGGCUUGGCUUCAGGGCCGGGAAGAAGCAAGGAAGCUGCCAUGUGGAAAAAGAGAAGCUCUCUGUGAUCCAGCAGAAAGCUGGGCUGCGGYACAAGGAUGUCUGCGGUGCCGAGGACUCGGCAAGAAAUGUGCAAGUGCACUGGGGAGCCACAGCCAGCACUGAAAACGAAUGGGGAUUGAAUUGCUUUGCCUCUGUUUCCUAUUUCUGCAAAGAAAUAACUAUGUGSAAGGGACCUGUCCUCAGGAAAGCACAGUGACUUGUGAAGAUUGUUUGCUUUCCGGACCACACUGCGCCUGGUGUUUGCAAGAGAAUUACACAGACUCCUCUGGAAUUCAUGAGAGGUGUGAUACACUGGAAAAUCUUUUGUCCAAAGGGUGCCAGAUGAAUUUGAUUGAGUUUCCCAUUUCAGAAGUAGAAAUUCACAGAAAYGAUCCCCUAACUGUAUCAUCCCAGAAGAGCAAUUCUGAUGUCACACAGAUUUCUCCCCAGAAAUUAACUCUCAAGCUUCGACCAGGACAUGAAGAAACAAUACAGAUCAAGGUUCGGCAGACUGAAGAUUAUCCAAUUGAUCUCUACUACCUCAUGGAUCUUUCUGCUUCCAUGGACGAUGAUCUGAAUACAAUCAAAGAACUGGGUUCAACCCUUUCCAAAGAGAUGUCAAAACUGACAAGCAACUUCAGACUGGGGUUYGGAUCUUUUGUUGAAAAACCAGUUUCACCAUUUAUCAAAACUACAGCUGAAGAAAUAAACAACCCUUGCAGAAGUGUACCAUACGAGUGCUUACCCACCUUUGGAUAUAAACAUGUCUUGUCACUGACAAAUGAUGCUGAAAAAUUCAAUGAAAUUGUGAAAAGACAACGAAUUUCUGCGAAUAUAGACACUCCAGAGGGAGGAUUUGAUGCAAUUAUGCAGGCAGCUGUUUGCAAGGAAAAAAUUGGAUGGAGGAAUGAUUCUCUACAUUUGCUGGUGUUUGUGAGUGAUGCUGAUUCCCAUUUUGGGAUGGACAGUAAACUGGCAGGGAUUGUUAUUCCUAAUGAUGGGAACUGUCAUUUGGAYCACAAUAAUGAAUAUUCCAUGUCAACUGUUCUGGAAUAUCCCACAAUUGGACAAUUAAUUGACAAACUUGUGCAAAACAAUGUUCUGUUAAUUUUUGCAGUAACRAAUGAGCAAGUUCACACAUAUGAGAACUAUGCAAAGCUUAUUCCUGGAGCUACYGUUGGACGAUUACAGAAGGAUUCUGGAAAUAUUCUCCAGCUGAUCGUUGCUGCAUAUCAGGAGCUGAGGUCCGAGGUAGAGUUGGAGAUCCUGGGAGAGACAGAAGGGCUCAAUCUCUCGUUCACGGCCAUCUGUAACAACGGGACCUUUUUUCCACAUCAGAGGAAAUGCUCUCAUGUGAAAGUGGGAGACACAGUCUCUUUCAAUGUGACUGUAAGCCUCUCCUCUUGUGAAAAAACCAGAAAGCUACUCAAGAUAAAACCMGUGGGGCUCAGCGACGCGCUGGAAAUGGAAAUUCAUCCCCUCUGCAGCUGCAACUGCCAGGCAGAGGCCGAGCUGCAGAGCCCAAAAUGCAGCCAAGGCAAAGGCUCCCUGGAGUGCGGGGUGUGCGUGUGCAGCCCCGGCUUCGUGGGGCCGCGCUGCGAGUGCGACGAGAGCGCCGUGGGCGGCGGCUCCUGCCGGGACCCGGCCGGGCUCAGCUCCUGCAGCGGGAGGGGCGACUGCUACUGCGGACACUGCCUGUGCCACCCGUCCCCCUACGGAAAGGUCUACGGGCCCCGCUGCGAGUGCGACGACUUCUCCUGCGGCAGGCACAGGGGGCUGCAGUGCGGCGGCAAUGGUGACUGUGACUGUGGGGAAUGCAGGUGCCACAGYGGAUGGACUGGUGAAUUCUGUAAUUGCACAACUGAUACCAGCAGCUGCAUUGCUGAGGACGGGACGCUGUGCAGUGGGAGAGGCRAAUGCAUCUGUGGGAUGUGUGCUUGCACCCAUCCAGGGGCUUUGGGCCAAACGUGUGAAAAAUGCCCUCUCUGUGGUGAUCCUUGCAGUUCCAGACGGAGCUGCGUGGAAUGUCACUUGGCUGCCGAUGACAAGUCACUGGGAGAUUGCAGUGAAAAAUGCAAAUUGGUUGAUGCAACUGUCAGCAUCGCAAARGAUUAUUCAGAGGAUAAAUCCAUUUCCUGCUCUUUGCAGGGGGAAAAUGAAUGUAUAACCACAUUUCUACUGRCUGUGGACGAACAGGGAAGGACAGUCAUUCACAACAUAGAACAGAAAGAUUGUGCACAGCUUCCAAAUAUCCCAAUGAUAGUGGUGGGUGUCACCCUUGCUAUUCUGCUCAUUGGCAUUGCUCUACUUUGCAUAUGGAAAGUGCUGGUGUCAGUUCAAGACCGAAAAGAAGUGGCCAAGUUUGAAGCAGAAAAAUCAAAAGUUAAAUGGCAAACGGAAACAAAUCCAUUGUACAGAGGCUCAACAACCACUUUUAAAAAUGUAACUUACAAGAAUCAAGACAAGCAAAAGAGGGCCAUGGCUGCAGAUUUCUAUUAGCACCUCUGACACUACAAACUUAAUUUUACUGACAAGAAAUCUAAAAAUACUUCUUCUCACCUGAUUAUGUGGUAUUUGUUUGCACAUUGCAGUGGUAUUACCAUUCUGUUAGAGAAUAUAUAYCUUGUGUUGGGACAAGUAAAGACAACAUAUUAGGAGUAAAGGUUAGUAGAAAUAUUGAAAAACCACAACCCUUUAUUAUUAAAGGCCCCAUCUUAAAAAAUGGCAUCAGAAGUAAUUUUAGUCAUUAAUACUGAGGAUUGUAAAUUAUCGUGUAAGUUUAUUUGUUGUCAAAUUAGGUAUAUACAGYGAGCUUAGUACUACUUUGUUCAUACACACAAUCCCAUAAAUUAGUGKUUAAGAAUGUAUUUGUACUACUCUUUUUGGUUUAAUUUUUAAAAAGAUUGUUCUGUUUUUUUCACAAAUGCAUCUUAAACUACUGAGGAUUGAGCUUUCUCAUAUCACUUGUGUGACUGAAUAGUUUUUUACCAGGAAAAAAAAAAGUGCCUGUCUUCUGUAAAUCUAAGUUAAACGGAAAUAUUUCUUCUCUACUUCUUCUUUCUUGUCCUAUUUCCCUCUUUCCCUGUCCUUGUUGCUGUUUGAGAUUCUUUAAGGACCCAGUCCCUGGGAUUAUUUUAGGGAAAGCUAAAUCAAGCCAAUCACGCCUUAUUGACUUGCAAUUGUUUUCUGCUCCAAGCACAGACUGAGUUGUUUUUUUGUUUUUUU